AAUAGAAAACAGAAAAGCUACCAAAGCAAUCUGAGAACAGCUGUCUCAGAAAAUUAGUUGCUCUUUAUUUAUUUUUUUUUGCGCGAUAGAAAGGGCGAUAAAUGCUUUUCUAUUGCUAGAUAAAAAGUGCCGAGUGUGGAACUUGCAUUUGACUGUCAGAUAUGGAGAGCUUGCAGGUGAACACGAGCAGCGGACCGGUGCGCGGAAAACGGUGUGCAGGUGUAUAUGGCGACGAGUACAUCAGUUUCGAGCGGAUUCCGUAUGCGAAGCCGCCGGUGGGUCCGCUCCGGUUUAUGGCACCACUGCCCGUGGAGCCCUGGACUCAGCCACUGGACUGUACGAAGAAAGGGGAGAAGCCCCUCCAAUUCAACCACUACACCAAGCAGCUGGAGGGCGUCGAGGAUUGCCUGCACCUUAAUGUCUACGCCAAGGAGCUCAACUCGGCAAGUCCCCUGCCGCUGAUCGUCUACUUUUUUGGCGGUGGUUUCGAGAAGGGUGAUCCCACAAAGGAUCUGAAUAGUCCUGAUUACUUCAUGAUGCGCGAUGUGGUUAUAGUGACGGUUUCCUAUCGCGUGGGCCCCCUGGGAUUCCUGAGCCUGAACGAUCACGCUGUCGGAGUGCCCGGAAAUGCUGGCCUCAAGGAUCAGCUGCUGGCGCUGGAAUGGAUCAAAGAGAACGCGGCGAACUUCAAUGCGGAUCCCAAAAACGUGACCGCCUUUGGGGAAAGUGCUGGAGCUGCCUCGGUCCACUAUUUAAUGCUGAAUCCCAAGGCUGAGGGACUGUUUCAGAAGGCCAUUAUGCAGUCGGGCAAUGUCCUCUGCUCCUGGGCCCUCUGUCCCAUCAAGAAUCUGCCGCAUCGGCUGGCUGCCAACUUGGGAAUGGAAAGUGCGGAGCAUGUGACCGAUGCCAUGGUUUUGAACUACCUGCAGAGUUUGCCGGGGGAGAAACUCGUUCGACCAUAUCUCCUCAGCGAGGCAGAGCACCUGGACGACUGCGUCUUCCAGUUCGGACCCAUGGUGGAGCCAUAUAAAACGGAGCACUGUGUGCUGCCCAAGCAUCCGCAGGAACUGCUGGACAAGGCCUGGGGAAACCGGAUUCCGGUACUGAUGAGCGGCACUUCCUUCGAGGGACUGCUGAUGUACGCCCGGGUGCAAGUGGCUCCUUACCUGCUGACCAGCCUGAAGAAGGAACCGGAGCACAUGCUGCCACUGGAUGUGAAGCGGAAUCUGCCCAAUGCACUGGCCCGACACUUGGGCCAGCGACUCCAGGAGACCCACUUCGGCGGAAGCGACCCCUCGUCCAUGUCUCCGGAAUCUUUAAAGGCUUAUUGCGAGUACGCCAGCUACAAGGUCUUCUGGCACCCCAUUCUGAAAACGGUGAAGUCCCGCCUAAGCAGCUCCAGAGCGCCCACUUAUUUGUACCGCUUCGACUUCGACUCGCCCACGUUCAAUCACCAGCGAUUGAAGUACUGUGGCGACAAACUGCGCGGAGUGGCCCACGUCGACGAUCACUCCUAUUUGUGGUACGGGGACUUCUCCUGGAAGCUGGACAAGCACACGCCCGAGUUCCUGACCAUCGAGAGGAUGAUUGACAUGGUGACGAGCUUUUCGAAGACCUCGAACCCCAACUGCGAGCUUAUCAAGGAUCAGCUUCCCCGGGCCAAGGAAUGGAAGCCCCUGAACAGCAACUCAGCAUUGGAGUGCCUCAACAUCUCGGACAACAUCAAGCUGAUGGAACUGCCCGAGCUGCAGAAGCUGAGGGUUUGGGAGAGUGUUUGCCAAUCGUCGGACUAGUCAGAACUAUUUUAACCUAAUGUGCGAAAAUCGCGGUGUAAAAAAUUAUAUAUUUAGAAAGUGUUGAUCAAAUUAUUUUGUACGUAUGUGGGGUUAUUAGAGCCAUAACAACCAAAAGGUUAACCAAUUAUGCCCAAAUUUAAAAAAACUAAAAUCUAUUUUGUAAGUUAAGAGUAAAAAGUAUCUGAAUGUAAUAAAUACAAUUAAAGUUAAACACCAUUUUGGCGUUAA